AUGGAUAUAAGUGUUGCGAUCAGCACUUACGAGAAAAUCGAAAUCAAAAAGGACGUUAUAUGUCAAAUGAAAUACAGUAUUCCCUUUUCACUGACCAAACAGGGUGAAAUUUUUUUGGCGCCAUAUUCCAACAUAGAACGUCUGCUACCUUUGGAAUUUCAACAAACAAACGCCGUACUUUUUGCUACGUGCGAUAAUCGAACAUUCCAUAAUUUGUUCCUGGCGAUCGAGUUAUCAACUAAAUUUGAUCAAGUAUUGAUCAAAAAAAAACAAUUUUUCGGUAACAUACUUGGGAUAACAGUAUUCUUCGUGCAGGAAAAUGCGAUUCAAAAAUUUCAUUUCAAAAGCCAGCAAAAUUUUGGUAAAUCAUAA